GCGCUUCAUGUUUUGUCACUCGAAUCCAAGAUGGCGGCCACGAACUACGAUUUCGAGAUUUCGAAGGUUUUUAUCGCCGAAAACAGCAUCUAAAGCCUACAGGUAGGCUACGGCUCCUAGUUUUUCCCUUCGCCUUCUGUAUAUAGAAGAGACAAGGUUGCAAAUUCCGACAAACGCCAAAUUCCAAAGUGCUCAACAAAUCCACCGAUCCUUUCGAAAUCCAGACUCGCACGGCAAAAAAAAAAAAAAAAAAAAAAAAAACUCGCAAAAUCAUAGCACACAUAUUUAUCUUUCAACCAUUCCUUUUAAUCGUCUAUUCGUCCCCGUUUAGCUGUUUGAACCGCGAGAAUCUUUCUUUUGAAUUUCAUCGGCUGUCGGUUUUAAAUUGGCUUAAAGUUGUGCCGUGUCACGCGCCCAGAACCAGUCUUACUAGGAAACUUAUUCAGCGGCUCUUCUGCGGUAGUGACCUAGGAGCGCCCACGAAAUACGCUGACGUGUCGGUUCAUGUUUUUGAAAUAUUGUAUUGUAUUGCAUUCCUGAAAAUCUAUGACGUCACCGCACUGUAGGUGAUAGGGUCACGAUAGACUAUAACCUAUAGUCAAGAUAGACUGGCCCGUAAAGGUUUUUACGACAAAAAACUACUCAAGGUGCGUAUCCUUAUUCAAGGUCAUGCUGUCAAAGAAAAUGAGCUAUCUGCACCACCCCCACACCACCCCCAUGGAGCACAAGACCCUUUUUCAGCUCCUUGACCGCCACACCGCCGAAUGUCCAAAUAAGGAAGCACUGGUUUACCGAGAUGAAAAAGGCAACCGGAAGUCACUUACCUUCAAAGAGUACAAAGAUCAGUCCCAGGCUAUCGCAGCCAGACUCUUGGAGCUAGGCGUGGGUCGUGGGGACAUGGUGCUAGUCAUGCUGCCCAGUGAGUUCGAAUUUGCGAUUGUCGAGAUCGCUCUAGGGCGAAUUGGCGCAAUUUUUGUAGCAGUAGAAUUCGAUGCCCCUGAAGCUGUAACAAUAUUACAAGAUCAAAUUCACUGCAUAUUUUACUCCCAUGAGAGCAAGGAAAUGCAAGAAGUCGUAAGCGUUAUUGUGGAUCGAGAUCACUUCAAGGCCGCGGUCUAUGUCGGUCCCCACACUACCCCCCCAAACAAACCAAAAGUCUACAGCUAUAGCGAUCUCCUGGAAGCAAGCGAACCGUACGAUCUCGCUGCCUUGGCCCAGGUUGAGGCAGAAAUUCAGUUUGAUGACCCGUUUUUGAUCAUUCACUCUUCCGGAAGCACAGGGAAACCAAAGCCUGCACUCUACACCCAUCAGGGAUUCGUCAAUGGAGUGAAAAUAAUAAGCCUCGUCUUCAAGGCGACACGGGAAUCCAUCGUGUUUAGCGAUUCUCCGCUGGACUGGAUCCCGGGCGUCGGGUUUAUGCUUGGUUUGGUUCCGUUCUGCGGCGCAACUCUUGUCAUGUUCCCGCCAAAUCUUGCCGUACACGGCCACGUGACUGGUUCUAUUCUUCACAUAGUCGAAGAUGAAAAAUGCACCCAUUCCCAUUUUCUGUCCUAUUUUUUUGUCGACAUGACGCUGUAUUCAGAAAUAUCAAACGUGGACUUAAGCAGGCUGAGGUUCUGCCUUACUGGAGGACAGCUAAUGGACAAGAAUCUGAUGAAGAAAGUCUUCGAUAUUGUGCCCGACCUUUGUAUCUUUGUUGGUUACGGCGCUACAGAGGCGUUUCUUGUCGCCAGGCAGCCGCUUACAAAGGACAAUAUUGACUCCGUCAACUAUGCUGCUUUGGAAUUAAACCCUGGGCUGGAGAUUAAGGUGGUGGACAGUAAUGAGAACGUCGUGCCUGUUGGAACUCCAGGCGAGCUGUAUGUGAGAGGGCUCUCAAUGAUGCACUCCGCGAACGCUCUGAAAAUCGAAGGAGCGGACUACAGGGACUGCUUCACGGACACAAGGUGGUACCGGACAAACGACCGCUGCCUUCUCACGCCAGAUGGAAAACUAAAGAUUCUUGGGAGAAUCGAUAACCUCAUCAAAUGCGCCACAGAAUCCAUUCAACCCGUCGAAGUUGAAACUGUCCUCUCCAAGCAUCCCAAAGUCAUCAGCGCCAUCGCUGUCGGUGUACCAGACCAGCGGCUGUAUGAGACCGUCUGCGCAUGUGUGAAGCUCGGACUUGAUAAAGGCGAGACCGAGGAGUCAGUAGUUGCUGAGAUCGACGCCUGGUGCGCGGAUAAGUUUAUCGUUAGCACUAACGGUCUAUCGUCACAACCUGUCCACUACGUUGUGAUGGAUCAGUUCCCUACUACAAGAACGGGUAAAACGGAUAGAAAAACCUUGAGAAAAAUGGCUAUAGAAAAACUUGGUAUCGCAUGAGCAUGGACGCAGUUAGAGAGUGUCUAAUAAUUUCGGUGAGAACCUUCCAAGCGUGUAUCGUUAACCUGCCGAGCUUGUAUCGGGAACCUUCCAGGCUUGUAUCGUGACCCUUCCAGGCGUGUUUAUCGUGACCCUUCCACGCGUGUAUCGUGACCCUUCCAAGCGUGUAUCGUGAACCUUGACGUAGAUUUAGCGUUUAUCGUGAACACUCUAAGCGUGUAUCGUGAACCUUCUAAGCGUGUAUCGUGAACCUUCUAGGCGUGUAUUGUGAACCUUAGCGUGUUUCGUGAACCCUCCAAGCGUGUAUCGUGAACCUUCCAGGCGUGUAUCGUGAACCUUCUAAGCGUAUAUCGUGAACCUUCCAAGCGUGUUUCGUGAACCCUCCAAGCGUGUAUCGUGACCCUUCCAGGCUUGUAUCGUGACCCUUCCAGGCGUGUUUAUCGUGACCCUUCCACGCGUGUAUCGUGACCCUUCCAAGCGUGUAUCGUGAACCUUGAAAGCGUAGAUUUUGAACCCUUCAAGCGUGUAUCGUUAACCUUCCAAGCGUGUAUCGUGAACUUUCCAAGCGUGUAUCGUGAACCUUCCAAGCGUGUUUCGUAAACCUUCCAUGUAGCCAUGCGAAGGUUAAUUCUCUUUCAUCAUACAUAAUGAUAUGUAUGUUCAUUACAUUUGUGGGUGACAUUAUUACAAUUAUGGGUUUAUUACACUCGUUGGCACAUUCUUAUUACAAUUAUUAAAUUUGUGGGCAUUUAUUACA